AUGCCGCCGGCUGUCGUGCCCGUCGAAGACGGCGGCUGCGGCGGCGCCAAGGAGGAGGCCGUCUGCGAAAGCUGCCACGUCGCGUGGUCGGCGUGGCUGACCCGCCUCGGCCGGUGCCUCCUCGCCUCCACGCUCCACCCGUGUCACGCCGCGCUCGGCCUCUCCCCGCCGCCGGCGCCCUGCUUCGCCUCUUUCCCCGCCGUCGUCCGGGGCACGCUCUUCCUCCCGUCAACCGGCGACCGCCGCGUCCGCCUCUUCCUGCACGAGCACGCGGCGCCCGCGGAGUCCGCCGCGCCCGCGCCGAUCCUGGUCCUCGACCUGCCGGCCGGCCUCGUGGGCGCGGACAUCGCCGCCGCCGGCAGGAUCGUGCUCGAGUGCCAGCGGGAGUGGGCCGGCAGCGGAGGCGCUCUCCUGGAGUCGCCGAAGUGGCUGGUGUACUGCAACGGCAGCCGCGUGGGGUUCGCGGCGAGGCGGGAGACCAUGUCCGACGGGGAGGGGUGGGCGAUGGAGAAGCUCUGGGCCGUGACCGCCGGCGCGGGGCGGCUUCCCGGCGGAGGGGUGGAGUACCUGCGGGGCCAGUUUGAGAGGAUCGUCGGGUCGGCCGAUGCGGAGUCGUUCCACCUCGUGGAGCCGCUGGGGUGGCUGGGAGUUCACGGCGUCGGCGGCCUUAGCGUCUUCUUCCAUCGGAUUUGAUGGAAAACUACAUUGAACUUUUGCAUAUACAAGACGAGGUGCCAAUUGGCUACUUACCAUCAAACUCUUCACAAAUCAGUGGAUGGAAACAAUUUUUUUUCCUUUGUGCUCCACAGCUAUCAGAAGCAGUAAGUUAAGAGCAUUCAUGGUGGUGCACGGUGUGACAAAUACAGUAUUCUUUUCUUCUUUCCAAAACGGAAUUACCCAUGCACCCAA